CUGGGCUUUCCUCUUUUUUUUUUGGUUGGGGUCUUCCUGUUCUCUGACAUCUGGCGUGUAUUUUCCGUCGAAGCCGUUCCGUCUUGGGCCGACGCGAUCGCCUGCAGAUCGAGCAGCUUCGGCUUUCGAUUCCUCCUCGGCUGCCCUCGCACCAGCGUAGAGACCCCGCUCUCCUUUUGACGACUAUGGGGAGUCGGUCGAAGACAAUAGUUUGGUUUAGGAGGGACUUACGGAUUGAGGACAACCCUGCCUUAGCUUCAGCCUGCAGGGGCGGCUGCGUCCUUCCCGUAUUCAUAUGGAGCGCUGAGGAGGAAGGGCAGUUCUAUCCUGGCCGAUGUUCUCGCUGGUGGCUUAAGCAGUCGCUCGCCCACCUCGACAGGUCCUUGAGAUCUCUUGGGGCCCCUUUUGUGUUCAUUAAGGCAGAGACCACAAUUGCUGCCUUGUUGCAGUGUAUCAACGCGGUCGGGGCUACUAGAUUGGUAUUCAACCAUUUGUAUGAUCCUGUUUCGCUUGUCCGAGAUCAUAAAGUCAAAAGUCAGCUUGCAGAUCUAGGAGUUACGGUGCAAAGUUUUAAUGGAGAUCUCUUGUAUGAGCCAUGGGAAGUUCAUGAUGAGGGCGGGCUUCCAUUUACAACCUUUGACUCAUACUGGGCCAAGUGCACGAGCUUGCCAAUGGAACCGGCACUAGUUCUUCCUCCCUGGAAGUUAGUGCCACCAGAAGGUGCUGAAAAGGUCAUUAGUUGUUCCCUCGAGGAGCUUUGUCUAGAAAGUGAUGCUGAGAAGUUAAGUAAUGCGCUGCUAAGCAGGGCGUGGUCACCAGGUUGGAGUAAUGCGGACAAGUUGCUGAAUGAGUUCCUCAACAAUCAUCUCCUUGACUAUUCAAAAUAUCGAAUGAAGGUGGAUGGUUCCACAACAUCAUUAUUGUCACCGUACCUCCAUUUUGGUGAAAUUAGUGUAAGGAAAAUCUAUGGAAGUGUACGAAUGAAGCAGAUACAAUGGGCAAAAGAAGAAAACUCCGAAGCAGAAGACAGUGUCAAGCUCUUUCUCCGUGCCAUUGGUUUUCGUGAAUAUUCACGUUACCUUUGUUUCAAUUUUCCAUUUACGCAUCAUAGAUCUUUGCUCGGGAACUUGACCUAUUAUCCGUGGCGUGCUGACGAGGGGGAUUUCAAAUCUUGGAGGCAGGGUAGGACGGGAUAUCCUUUGGUUGAUGCAGGCAUGAGGGAACUUUGGGCAACAGGGUGGAUGCAUAACCGAAUCAGAGUUGUUGCUGCAAGUUUUUUCGUCAAGUUUCUGCUACUUCCGUGGACAUGGGGGCUGAAAUACUUUUGGGACACGUUGCUGGAUGCUGACUUGGAAAACGACAUUCUUGGUUGGCAAUACAUAUCAGGUAGCUUGCCUGAUGGUCACGAGCUCCAUCGUAUCGACAACCCAGAGGUUCAAGGUUACAAAUUUGAUCCUGGAGGAGAUUAUGUGAGAACUUGGCUUCCUGAACUUGCAAGAAUGCCCACCGAGUGGAUACACCAUCCAUGGGAUGCUCCAAAUUCCAUACUCAAAGCUUCUGGUGUAGAGUUGGGAGUAAACUAUCCCAAGCCUCUCAUCGAGAUAGAUGAAGCAAGGGAACGCCUUGAUGACGCUGUGUCCAUGAUGUGGGAAUUGGAUAGAGCUUCACGAGCAUCCAAACUCAAUGGAUCAACUGAGGUCGUUGCUGACAAUUUGCUCAACAUAAAUGUUAUGGAUAUUCCAAAAAUAGUAGUAAAGAAGGAAAAAUUGCUGGAUACUUCAUCCCUUGACCAAAGGGUUCCUUCUGUUCAAAAUCUAAAGUCCGGUGUGUGCGAAAAAGGAUCAAACAAGUUAGAUGGCAAAAAACCAAAAGGAGUUAUUGAGACGAAUGAUGUGAAAAAUAAUGUUAAGGCCACGAAGGUAGAUGAAAAUGACUCGCUCUCUACUGCAGAAUCUUCAUCGACUAGAAAGAGGAGCUUGAGUGAGAGCCAAAUGUGUGUCGUCCCCGCUUCUUGUUCUGCACCAUCAUAUGGGAAACCCCAGUAUGAGUAUGAUUCUUUCAAGCCAUACGAUUCUAUCAAAUCUACGCAUCCAUGGCAACAAUCAGAUGCAUUUGGAGUGAAGGAGGUAGAGGGGAAUGAAGCUGAGAGUGCCAUGCAAGAAAGCCGCCUGAAUCAAAAGCAUUCAAAUUGUGAUUCCUCAGUAAAUAUGGGUUGUGGUAUUUCUAAAUAUACAAGCUCGUACCUGGAUGAAAUCAGUUUUGAAUUGUAAGAAAUCGAUAUGCUGUCUCUGUUGUAUCUGUGCUCGACAUUACUUUCUCUCUCAGUGUCAUGCGCAUACAAUAAGUGGUCCCUGUGUUAUUAAUCCUGUAACCGAACGCUUGUAUACCUAAUAAAAGCUUAUUAGGGAGUUGGAAGCAGCAGCACUAAGUGUGUGUUAUUUAUUAUUCACUGUUGUUUAUUAUUCA